UGUGUGUGCAGGACGAUCUCUGUGAGCACUCAGGUGCAGGGCGGAGACUUCAACGCGUACGAGGGUCUGCGCUGCCACGGCGUCCCCCUGGUCACCAUCAGCCGAGGACGCCUGGUGUGUGAGAACGGUGUGUUCAUGUGUGCCGAGGGAUCCGGAAAGUUCUACCCUCAGCGCACCUUCCCUGACUACCUCUACAAAAAGAUGGUGCAGAGGGAAAAGACUCAGGCGAUUAAAGGGGUGGAAAGGGACCCUUACUGUGGUGAUGUAGCCAAGUUGGCAAACACCAUGAAGAAGGAGCUCGGUCUGGGCCCCAUGGAUGGAGACCCCAAAGGCGUCCCCCGCGCCCACCAGGGGGUCCGAGACCUCCACGAGUCCUCCUUCAGCCUCUCAGGGUCUCAGGUUGACGACCACGUCCCGAAGAGGUCCUCGGCUCGGAUCCUGGCUCCCCCCGGCGGGCGCUCCAGUGGUAUCUGGUAAUCACUGCAGCCGGAGCUUCACCCGUCCGAGUCUCCUUGUUUUGUAUUAUUCUGCGCAACCAGGAAAACUGCACUGAUUUUCAAUCACAGGAUCAAAGUUAAGAGAGGCAAACAAAUAAAGCACACGUCUGUGAUUGGUGAAGAACUAACUGACGGUGCGCCAAAGUGACUUUUACAAAUCUAAUUUGUGUCUUAAUUGGAGUGACUGACCUGAUUAUUUACACGAGAGUGAAGGGCUAUAUAUUAAUUUAAAAUGUGUUGCCAAAUUCAAGCUGAUCAUACUAACGUUAAAGGGAGCUCAUUAUCACCCUGCUCGUAUCCCGCGGAGAAACGCAAACUAAACAAACUGUGAGAGAUCAAAACCAGUACAGUUUUUGAAGGUUGGAAGUGAUGUCGACUGAAUUAUUUAAAAAUAUUAACUGGAUUCCGUGAAAUAUCUAUCACCCACAUACACUGUAGGCACCAUAGCUUUCGACUCACAUGAAGACGUGUAUGGAUUCUGUUUGUGAUUGAACACCCACUGUGCUCGGCUUCCUGCUGCACCGCGGGUUCCUCUAACACUGUUUUUAUUUCCAACGGGUGAUCUGUGUUGUGUGGUGAUGAAAUCCAACUGCUUCAAAAACACUGUGUGAUUUUACAGCUACACUAUCUAAUAAUAUCAAUCCGUUUAUUUCCAUUACCUCUGAAUGAGGCAACACUCACGUAUCCCAGAAACAUCCUGCCUCACCUGCAACCUAGCAGGACUUUAUAGACUGAGUUACAGAAGUAUUGUAGUCUUUUCUGUAUGUAAAGACUUUGGAAAGACUGGGGAGAAGGAAGGAUAAAGAGUAAGUGAUUUAAACGGGUAAACAAGAAGGACAGCGUUCUGUUAUUUUUCUGCUGAUAGUACAGAACAUAACAUUAGGGCUUGAAAUGGUUUAAAUAAACGAGAGAGAUUCACCAGAGAGAUUACUGUCUGAGGGAAAGUAGGAGCUGCUAAAAACACCAGGGGCCUCAUCCAUCAAAAUGUGCAAGUGUAAACGUCUGUGUUAUUGCCAGUAGACAUAAGGAAGAAUAUAGUCAAUGAAAAGGAACAUGAACAGGAAUAAAAAAAAGGGAAGAAAAUUAAAGAUUUAGUUGGAAAGUUUCCUUCAAUCUGAGUCUCUAGGUUAGUAAUUACCGUUUGCACCGUUUAUGAACACACUAAUCUGAUUGUUCGCACGUAGAGGGCCACGAAAGUAACAACAAGAAGGGAUGUUAUGUUGUUGAGUUUCAGUAGAGGAUUUAGAGAGUAAACUUCCUGUUAAUAAAAAGGGAUUUCUUGUCCACAGAGCAGGAAGAUUGAGCUGCACAGCCUGAAGAAACAUCCUCUUCUCAUUCCUGCCUACCAGUAUUAUAUUUAUACAUGAUCACCUCUUGUCUGUGAGCUAUAUAUUUAGGAUGUUUGUUUGUUUUGUUUUUUAGUUGAAAGAAUACAUGUGCCAAUGUGAAUCACUCGUGCGACACCCACACCCAUGCAUGAAGAGCACCACGCGGAGACGGAGCAGUAAAUCUCUCGCAGGCUCACAACAACUGGUGCUGUUUUUUUUUACUAUAACCUACUGCUGUAUACAACUACACUAUUUUACUGUUGGAUGGAUUUGUUGUUUUGAAGGCACUGUGACUGGUUGGUGGCUGUGUAUGUUUGUAGGUUGUUGUCGUGUCGGACAGUGAAACUGUUGAAUCUGUAAGUGGCUGCUUGUUUCUUACCACACGAAUAAAGAGAAAAAAAAUAACAUCUUGA